UAUGCCGACCCAGUACUCUGCGUCAACCCUGACGGUGGGAACACCCACUGUAGAGGUGCCCUCGACUCUGUGGGAUGGAGGGAGCAUGAACGAGGGGUCCACAGGUGACCAUCUCUCCACGCCCUCACCUGCCCCUACACACCAGAAGUACACAAUAUCUCCUGAGGAGCGCAGAUGUCUUGAGGAGUCGUGGAAGGCAGCCACCCCUGAAGGAGUGUACUGUAGCACCACCUGGGACACACUGUAUUGCUGGCCAGCCACGCAGGCGGGGACGACGGUGAAGGAGACCUGUGCGACGGUAUUUAAGGACCUUCCUGACCUCCUGAAUCACCCUGAGGGUGAGUAA